AUGUCUGCUCCAAAAAACCAAGUCGAACAACGCGAUCUUUCUGAUGCAGAGAGUGAUCGACACUUUCAACGAGAAUGGCGUGACGAGAAAUGGCAAAGCCGACGACUAAGUCAAGCUGCUGAGGAUCGAGCUCAUGUCGAGCAGACUCUUACUCCUGGUCAAGCCAUCAAAGCAUAUCCCAUGGCUAUCUUCUGGUGUCUCGCUGUCAGCAUGUGUGUCAUUAUGGAAGGUUACGACACGAUUCUCAUCGGAAACUUUUUCGCCUUUCCAUCGUUCCAACGUCAAUAUGGUGAGUUUGUUGGAAUUACAGAUCAGACAAGGUCCGGCUAUCAACUCACACCUGCUUGGAUGGCCGGACUCGGCAAUGCUUCUGGUAUUGGUGCCUUCUUCGGCACCCUUCUUUGUGGUUAUCUUGUCGCUCUUUUUGGACAAAAGCGAGUUAUUCUUGGAAGUUUGAUCAUGCUCUCCUGCACCAUCUUCCUCACCUUCUUCGCGUCCAACAUCAAGAUCCUCAUCGUUGGCCAAAUCCUGUGCGGUUUACCAUGGGGCGCCCUGGCCACAAUCGCUCCCGGCUAUGCUUCAGAAUGUCUCCCAAUGGCACUCCGUGUGUAUUUCACAAGCUGGACAAACAUGUGCUUCAUUAUCGGCCAACUCAUCGCUGCUGGAGUUUUGAGAGCAUGCUUGGAACGUGACGAUCAAUGGGGUUUCCGCAUCCCCUUCGCCAUCCAAUGGGUCUGGCCAGCCUUCUUGAUCCCAUUGCUAUCUUUCGCCCCCGAGUCUCCAUGGCAUCUUGUCAGACACCACCGCCUCGAGGAAGCCGAGAAGUCGCUACGUCGCCUUCAACGUGCAUCGGCAAACAUUGACGUCAAGGAGACUCUCGCUUCCAUCGUAUAUACGAACAAUCUUGAGGAGGAGCUUUCCGUUGGAACCAGCUACUUCGAUUGUUUCUCCGGAUUCGAACGUCGCCGAACCGAGAUUGCCUGCAUUUGCUUCGCGGGACAAGUCCUUUCUGGUUCCUCAUUCGCAUACAACGCAUCUUAUUUCUUCGAACAAGUCGGCCUCGCCACAGAAACCACCUACUCGCUCAAUCUCGGUGGCACAGGAUUGGCACUUUUCGGGACCCUUGUAAACUGGUUCUGCCUGAUGCCCUAUUUCGGCCGCCGCACCAUCUACGUGGUCGGUAUGUUCGCCAUGGCCAUGACCCUGUAUCUGAUCGGCGUGCUUAACGUCUGGACCGGACAACAGCCAGUCGCCAUGACACAAGCCAUCCUGACCCUUGUUUGGACAUUCCUCUUCCAACUCAGCGCCGGGCAGCUCGGGUGGGCUCUCCCAGCCGAAGUCGGGUCGACGCGCCUGCGCCAAAAGACCAUCUGCCUCGCGCGCAACGCAUACUACAUUGUCAGCGUGAUCGCGGGCGUGCUCCAACCGUACUUCAUGAACCCUAAGGCGUGGAACCUGCGCGGCUACGCCGGCUUCGUGUGGGGCUCGACCGCACUCCUCACAUUCAUCUGGGCGUACUUCCGGCUCCCGGAGACCAAGAACCGCACGUUCGAGCAGCUCGACAUCCUGUUUGCGAAGCGCGUCCCCGCCAGACAAUUCGCGACCACCGACGUCAAUGCCUUCGACGAGACCACCACCACGGAUCUAGCGACCCGAUAUAGCGUCACCGCGAUGGACCAGCGCCGCCCCAGUCUGGUGCCAAGCGUGACGCGUGCGAUCGCCGCGAAGACCGGUCGUGACGCCGCUUAUAGUAGCCAGCGCAACAGUGUGGAGAUCGGAGCGCCCGGCAGCAGGCGUCCAAGCAUCGCUGCCGAUGUGACUAGGUAUUUGGAGCAGGGAAAAGCAUAG